AUGGCCGACACAAGUGCCCAAUCGGCCGCGCUCCGUCGAAAUGGCACUUUGCAGUCCUGUGAACCUUGUCGCAAAUCCAAAUUGCGCUGCGAUCACGGGAGGCCGGUGUGUGGGCGUUGCAAAUCGAAGAACAUGAUAAAAGCAUGCUUUUAUCAUCCUGCGCCCAUGACAAAACGAACGGUGUCAAGUCGCGCAAGUCCUAUUCCCGCCACCGGGAGGCUGAUCAGUCAGUCGAGUUCGACUGCUUCGAGUCCCGGAUCUGCUAUAGAUGGCGCUCGGCUUCGCGCGACGGUAGAAUCUCCGUCAACGCUUCCUGGAUAUCUGGGGUCGACAAGUUUCUCGGCAGUUCUCGCAGAACAUCCGAGCGGGCUGUUGUUUGAACUGCCAGCCAGCAACGUUGCCUCGGGGUCCCCCCGAUUCGUGGACCCAAUCCGAGUUCAAUCGGGUGUCGACAUACUCAAACUGCUCAGCGAGCUUCCAAUAUGCGACUCGCUAAUACGAAAAUUCUAUACGCGAUCGCUAUGCGUGGUCAUCCCCGUCGCGAUGAUCGAGGCGAUCGUGCAGUCGGUUCGAGGCAUCUUAGGCAGUUUAGAUUUCACCGGUGCGAUGGAUGGCCAAAUUCAAGAUCUGACCCAUCAGAUAUUCCAGAAUACUUCGCGAUCGUUGACGGUUAACUCUGCGAUGAACGUUGAAGACUACUGCGCCUUAUUUACGGGCCGAAACCUGCGGUGGGAAGCGAUAGGGAUCAUUUUUGCAACAUCGGGCAUCGCAUUGAUGUCGACCCCUGACACAGACCCGGAUGUUGUCCAGGUGGCACCUGAUGGUCAGGCGAGGGAUCGCCUGCGGACACAGAUUGUGGAUGCAAGCACGGCUUGCCUUGGUUUCUGUGACCAGGCAGCGUCGGCCAGUGAGCUGUUGGGGCUUUGCCAGUACAACGAUGUCAUGCUGAGAACGCAGCAAUUUGGCGAUUCCAGCUAUCAAGCAUGGCGUCGCCUAGGUGACUUGUCGGCCACCGUUUAUGCGGCCGGAGUCCAUCAAGAUGGUCAGAACGACGACCGGCCCUUCUUCCUGCGCCAAUGGCGAAGAAUUUUUUUCGCAUCGGCUUUCUAUGCGGACAAAUGUAUCGCCACGUUCGUGGGGAGGCCUCCCUUGCUCAACUAUCGAUACUGUACUCUGACGCCUCCGCUGGACCUGAACGAGGAUAUACUCAUCGCUGGGGGAGACAAUCUCACCCGUGCGAUCUCGGAACUAGACAUCAACGGAUGGGGAUCGCGAAGCAAUAUCUAUCGAGCAGGGGUGAUCAGGCUUCGAUUUUUACUGGCAGCGUUUCGAGAAGAGGCUCUUGAGAUUGCCUUGGGAACCUACGACCAUUGGGAUCUGGCGCAAAAGUCGAACCAGAUUAUCGAGAAAGCACGAGCGACCUGGGAAGCAGCCCCAACGCAUCUACGAUUCGACGUGCAGGGGAACGAUUCCGAUCCCGAGGCGUUCUCGGCGUCUUUCACAGUUCUGAACAUGUACUUGGACUAUCUGUAUUCCAUUUUCCUGCUCCAGAGGGCACUCGUGAAACGCACGAACACCGGUCAGGAGGCGUUGUUGGAAACCUCCCGCCGCGUUUUGUCUCUCAUCAUCACCGUUACUGCCGACCGAGACCCGGUGAUGGAUAUGAGCCGGCACUAUUCCUGGAUAGUUCUGUACUACGGACUUCCCAGUGCCAGCGUUCUCACGUUGGAGCUCCUUCACCAGACACAGGAUGGGGGACCCAGCACCAUCGUCCUGCCACGGGCCGAGCUCAUCCGGAAUUUGAGCGUCUUCGUGUCCUGUCUUUCGUGGAUAUCGCGCCCCAGCCAUGGCAACUACCAAACCUGCAAGGAGGUCGAGAAGAAACUGUCGCACAUUCUCGAUCAGAUCCUUGACCCGCAGCCGAUCCAGCAAGAUAUCUUCAACGACGCCACCUCCGGGCUGUACAAUUUUUUGGACUGGUAUAACCCGGGGAACUGGGAUUUCAACUCGGAGUAUUUGCCAUCGACCGAUGGAUUUGUUCUUUGA